AUGUCCGGACGCGGCAAGGGCGGCAAGGGCCUGGGCAAGGGCGGCGCCAAGCGUCACCGCAAGGUCCUGCGGGACAAUAUUCAGGGCAUCACCAAGCCGGCGAUCCGGCGCCUGGCGCGGCGGGGCGGCGUGAAGCGCAUCAGCGGCCUAAUCUACGAGGAGACGCGCGGCGUGCUCAAGGUCUUCCUGGAGAACGUGAUCCGGGACGCGGUGACCUACACGGAGCACGCGCGGCGGAAGACGGUGACCGCGAUGGACGUCGUCUACGCGCUGAAGCGCCAGGGCCGGACGCUGUACGGAUUCGGCGGCUAG